CACAGCCCGCUGAGCCAGCAGCAGGACCAGAUCCGCCAGUGGCUCCAGACAGAAGUCCCCGUCUCCCGGUGGCAGCUGUCCACCUACAGGACCAGCUCAGAUGCCGUGCGAUCGGAGACCAAGAUGUCGUGGCCCGAUCUCAGCGAGUACCUGCUGGACCAGUACUUCGCGGCCAAACUGGCUUGGGAGAGCGAGAAGGCGCUGUUGAUCAAGAAGCUUGCAUCGACCGACCGUAACGAAGUCGAGGAACAAGCCCGUUCAAUCGCACAGCUUGGCGUUGUGCGGGAGAGAGAAAUCGCAGUGAAGUACUGGGACGCAGCCGUUAGUGGCAAUAUCAACCGCUUCAAGGAUUACAUCGUGUUCUUGGACAUUACAAUCAAUCGUUCAGCCCAUGCUUUGCAAGAUGCGAAAGACAUCCUCCGCUAAACCUCAUCUGUUUUGCUCCGGACUAGGUACAAGGUCUACCCUGUCCAGAUCUCCCCCGUCGACUGGUUCGCUUCGCUCCCCAUGUCGUUCACCCCGCAAGAUCUAUCGGAUCCCACCGAGUCUGUUGACAGCGCCGACGUCCACCCAGUGACACCUCUCGGCACUGCACCCAUUCAGAGCCUGUUUCCUGCUGUGAAGAUCGAUGCACCCAAGGGCCGGUGGGAGGAUAUUGUUCUCGAUAACAGGAUCUUCAAGGACGGCCAGUCCUUCUACAAGACGAAUCAACUACUCUCCUCUCUCAAUCCGGAUACACGACCUCUUUCAUCGUCGUGAGACACAUCGUCGUUUACGUGAAACACACGGACAUUGCGGACGACCUGAGAAACGCGGUCAAUUCGUCCUUGCCGCUGUCUUUCGCAUAUUCCAAAUACACGGACAACUUCCAGCCGCACGGAGAUGGAUUCCUCGUCAAGAUUCCCAGGCCGCAGAUCAUUGGAUACAUCGUCGAGCCGCUGCACACAACCGCCGGCACUGCGCUCGUCCCCGCUGGUUUCGCGGUCAACGUACCAGCGCCAACUGACGCCUGGCUCGUCAAGCAGGCCAAGGAGGCCCUGCAGCGUAUUGGCACGCGAUGGAUCGAGAAGAUCAAGAUUGACACGAUGCACUUCGCAUGCACCACCCCAGAUACACAUACACCGACUGGCGUGCCUGAAGUUAAGUACCAGCGUGCUGUGCAGCGGAGCAUACCUAUCGUCCAGCCGCAUUGGACCUUUGCAUGCCAAUCUGAGCGUCGAUUGGUUCCUAUUGUGCAGUUUGGACUGGGAGCACCACCACCUAACGCACUACCCUUGGCGCCCACAGUCCAUGUCUGCCGCAUCUCUCACCCAACGCUCACCCGCCAGCGCAGCCGCUGUGCGACAGUCAAUGCCACCGACGGUCCGACCGUCUCGCCCAUUGGCCAGCCUGCGACCUUCGUAGGGCAGUUGUUCAGUAAUACCCCACCACUAACAGUGCUGGUCGUCACUGUUGAAGAAGCUCAGUCGGAGGAUGAAGAAACUGACGUGGGUGAGCUGGAGGCGAAACGGGUAUUCAGCUAUCUGAAUAGCAUUACGUUGUUCUUU